AAUACCUAAAAGGAGAAACGUCACGUCUAGUGAGCAGAAAAUACCUGCAAAAGAUGACGGUUCAGUUUCCGAGAGGCCUCUGAAACUUCGAAAACAGAAUAGACCUUUAGAAGAUAAAGAGAUAUGUGAAAAUCUUACAAACGAGAGUGACGACAACUGUAGUGAUUUUGACGACGAUGUAGGCGAUCCUGAUUUUAUUUUAGAGAGCGAUCACAACACGGAAUCUGAACAAUCCGAUGAGGAUGAUGUUGACGUCACGUAUCCCCAUGUUGAGGAAGUUUACCACGGAGAAAUCAACCAUAAUCACGACAAUGAAGAACAGGAAAGAGAAGUACGAGCUCAUGGAAGCCAGGACAUUACAGAACAGAUCGGAAAAGAGACAAUAGUCGGAGAGAAACAGCAUGGCGCAGCAGAGACUAGAAUUGAAGAGAUCGGAGAGGAGCAGUAUAGCGAAGUAGAGACGCGAAAUGACCAGGGUAGUGAAGAUCUUAGAAUAGACCAGGAGCCAAAUGAAGAAUCAACAGGAGAGCUGCCGCACUAUUUUUACGGGAAGAAUAGGUACAAAUGGGCAUCGGCGGAACCAUCCCGAACAAGUCGAGUACGCGUGCACAAUAUUGUCAAUGCACCAUCUCAAGAAGUCCAUGAAAUGGUUGAGAAGAUGUUCUUCCAUUUGGUGGCUAGAGCAACGGCAAACGCAUUUAAUGAGAUAACAGGUAAAUGCCCAUCAGAUGGGGAAUGGAAGUUAGCUUGGAAGAGGAUGAAGUUGUCGGCUAAAUCAAACUUAUGUACAUAUUGGAAGGAACGAUCAAAAACAGGGGGUGGCGAAAAACCACCAUCACCUACUCCUGAGGACUUACAAAUUAUGGCAAUUGCUUCUCACGACUUUGUCAUUGAAGUUACCGAUUAUGAUAGUGAUGCAGUGGAUUCUAUUUCCGGGAUACAGGUACAGCAGAAAGAGAAGCUUAACUCCUUACAGCAAACUACAGAUGAAAUAAGGAAGCAAAAUGAUGCUAUACACGUGUCCAUGGAGUACCUUCUCCAGAACACCGAAUUAAAAGAGAAAGUGUAA